ACUUGCGCAGCCAAGGCCGGCCCGAGCCUGAAUCUCUCCGCUCCGUGCCCCAGCAUGUGCAGAUGUGCUCCCGAGGAGAUGAUCCACUGUAACAGAGCCGGCCUGAGAGCCCUGCCCGCAGGCAUAGCAGCCUCCACCGUCUCGCUCAGCCUCUCCAACAACUACCUGCGGACCCUCGGCACCAACACCUUCCAGAACCUGACUGUCCUGCACAGCCUCUGGCUCGAUGGCAACAACCUGACCUUCCUGUCCCCGGGGACCUUCCACGCUCUCGGCCAGCUGCGGGAGCUGCACCUCGGCAGGAACUCGCGCCUCACCCACCUGCACGCCAACACCUUCCGAGGGCUCCUGAACCUGGUCAGCCUGGACCUGUCCCACUGCAACAUCUUCGAACUCCACCCCCUGCUCUUCUCACACCUGCCCGCCCUGCAGAGGCUCGACCUGGCCUCCAAUAACAUGCGCUACGUCCCCCAGGCCUUCCAGAACCUCUCCAGCCUCACCAGGCUGUCCCUGGAGGGCAACCACAUCGAAGCCAUUGGCAGGGACUCCCUGAAGGACCUGGAAGCUCUGUACGCUCUGAACCUCAGGAGGAACCGGAUCUGGAUCAUCCAAAGCGGCGCUUUCACAAAGCUCCUCAGGCUGGGAGAGUUAAAUUUAGGACACAACUUCGUGGCUGAUUUGCCUAAUCAGCUUUUCGAGGGCUUGAGCCAGCUCAAGACCAUGCACCUGGAAGCCAACAGAAUCAGCGCCGUGGGCUGCGCCUUCAGGCGCCUCCUCAACCUGAGGAGCUUGUACCUGAACAACAACCGGAUCUCCUCCAUCUCAGGCUCUGCUUUCCUGGACUUAAACAAGCUGCACUUCCUUCACCUGAGCAGGAACAACCUCAGCUCCCUCCCCACGGGGCUGCUGGCAGGGCUGCCCAAGCUGAAGCACGUCCUCCUGUCCCACAACCCCUGGAGAUGCGACUGCAAGAUGCUGUGGUUCUGGCGGUGGAGCGCUGCGCACCGGGGAGCCAUCCAAGGGCUACACUGUGCCUUCCUGGGCCCUAAUGACACCCUGGCCCUUGAUGUUCUCCAGCCAGGGGACCUGGCAGACUGUGCAGUGCCACCUCAGCUGGCAAGCGAAGACAAGUGCAAGGUGGCUGGCACCAGCACGGCUGCCAGGACCCCCACCGUCCCCAGCAAGCUCAUCCUGUUGGCGCUUGUCUCCCAUGCGUGGGGUUUGGUUCCGUGGCCACACUCUGACAGUGUUUGA